AUGGCUGCUGCUGGGGAUGAUGAUGUGGCUGUUGACGGGCGGCCACUGAGAUUGAGGCGACAGCCUCGGGAGACUUGGCCCGAGAAACAUGUUUUCGCAAAGCAGCUGGAGAGUGAUGUUUUCGUUCGAGACAGCUUUCGGACGAACAAGUCGCAGCUGCUGAGAUGGACGAGUCCCGAAACUGUGGGGAUUGCAUCCCUCAAGGCUCUUUCCCUCAACGUCCAGGUGAUCAAGAUAUGCCUAGAGGUAUGGGGUUCCGUUUCGGCACUUCCGAAAGCCAUGGCCAUUGAUUGGUUGAAGGAGGUUAUGACAGAAGCCUGGGGAGAGGACCCUGGUGCAGAUGAUGACCCUGAAGACGAUGCCCCGGCUGACGCUUUGAUGGAUGCUGUGCCAAAUGACGAUCCAUAUGCAGCCGCAGCAGACGAAGCAGGAUCGUCGCAGGAGACUGCGGUUUUGCCUGGAGCUCCGCUUCAGGCUUUGGUGGCUGAGAUGAAUGAUGAAGGUUCGGAUGGAGCUUCCCAUGAGGCUUUGUCCGGUGAGCCGAAUCAAGCUGCUUCGUAUGGGCUUGAGGCUUUGCUUGCUGAGCUGAAUGAAACAGGUGAGCACGGAGCUUCCCGCGAGGCUUUGCUUGGUGAGCCGAAUGGAACAGGUUCGCCAGGAGCUUCGCACGAGGCUUUGCUUCGUGAGCCGAAUGGGACAGGUUCGCAUGGAGCUUCACAUGAGGCUUUGGAUAGUGAGCUAGAGUCAAUCGCAGCGAAGAUGCAGGUCCUACAGAAUCGCUUGGCCCAGCGACGCUUCAGCAGUGGUUCCUUCGACCCGUCGAAUGAAGACACCCUGCCUUCUAACAUCAUGGAUCUGCCCCACAUCAUGAAUAACGGUGAUGAGAAGCUCGUGGUGCAAAUUCUUAGCGAUGAUGAGGAGACUGAGGCCCCCGAGGUCUUGUCCAGUGCUGUGGCCGACGAUGGCAAGGACAGCAGUGCUGCUGAUGUGGCUCCUACAGAACCUGAAACUAAAUUAUCCGAAGCGGCCGAGGCUGCUGGUGAUGACGAUGGGCAACCAGAUGAUGAGUCUUUUGAUGUCGCCAACUACGAGGACGCGGCCGAGGCGGGCGAGGCAGAGGUCGUGGCCGCGGCCGUGGGCGAGGCACAGGAGGAGGAGAAGCCGAAGCCGAAAGCCAAAGCGACUCCCAAGGCUAAGGGAUCCAAGACAGCACGCAAGGAGCCAGAGCCAAAGGCAUCGGGGAAGGAUGAUGAUAAGGAGGAGGAGGCACAGGCGGAUGAGGGCACUAAGAAACGCAGACGACUCGCUGCAGAUGAUAAGUCUUUCGCGGGAAGACCCAAGCCAAAGACGGAAGAUGCAACGAACCGGUUCAUGGCUAUUCGGGAUGUCUACAACAGCAAGAUCCAGUUGCAUUUCGGAGCCAGUCAGCAGGAGCUAUUCUUCUAA